AUGCGCCAGAUGGUAAAGGCAGCCAACAACGGCGCCGAUGGCCACUUCAGUAUCGGAAAGGGAGCCGGUACCAACCCUGGCAGUGCAACGGCGACUCCCUGCAAGAGAGGCAAGAAUGCGACGGCCAUCCCUAAGACUCCAACUUCUGCAAAGCGUAAGAAUACUUCUAAGUUUGAUGAUGUUUUUGGUGAUGAUGGGGAUGUGCUUGUUAAGGAGGAAGGGGAAGGGACCCCGGUAAAAAAGCCGCUCAGGUCUGCUUCUGCUGGUGUGAACCAGGGCCACGCCGGUGUGUCACUUAAGAUCGAGCCACUGGAUGAUGAUGAUGCUGUCCUUAUGGAUGAAUCUCCUUCGAAGCGUGUCCGUAGGGCCAGUGUUCUCCCUCCUGGUAUGGCGCUCAAUGCGUGA